AUGAGACUCAAGGUGGAGGUCCCCGGGGGAUGUCAUGCUAAAGUGGCUGGUGACCCGCCCCCCCGCGCCCCCCAGGAGGUGCUGACGGAGGACCCCCUCGCUACCCUGGGGCCACACACCACCCAGGGGAAGGUUACGCAGGUGUAUGCAGUGUCCAGAGUGAACCCGCUGUACGAGGAGGAAGAUGGCGUUGGGGGCGGCGGCGGCGUGGGCGUGGGGGGCGUGGCGGGGGGCGGUGGUGGGGGCGGGGGUGACGGCGCCUCGCUGCGCUCCUCAGGCUACGGCAGCAAGGAGACAGACUCUGACGGGGAGGAGGGGGGCGUGGCGGGGGGCGUGGUGGUGUCCUGCCAGCCUGCCUUUGUGAGUGCCAUCAGCGUGGGGGUGCGCCGCGCCCGCUCCCUCGAGGCCCUGCCGCCCCCCGCCCCACCCUGCCGCUGCGCCAGCCCCCCCUGCACCACGCACCCCAGCCCCCCGUCAGCACCCCGCAGCACUCCGCCGGCACCCCCGAGGUGGGCCCUGACUCCCUGCUGA